AUGGCCUCCUCGGAAGAUAUUCCUAGAGAAUAUCUUACGCACAAUGACAACGAUAUCCUUGGAUUACUCGCCCAAACUCCUAUCGAAAAUACCAUCGCCCCUGGAGAUCUUGAAACGGUGUUGAGCAUUUCACCAUUUGUGGUGGUCCCGGGUACAUUUAACCUCCGAGAUGUUGGAGGUGGCAACGCCAUUCGUCCCAAUGUGAUCUAUCGCUCCGGCACACUGUCUGGUCUGCUGCCCGAAGGGAAAGAUGUGCUUGUCAGCAAGCUCCAGAUUCGCACUGUGUUCGAUCUCCGCUCGGCGAGGGAGAGAGCAGCCUUCCCGUUUCCAGACUCAAUCAAUGGAAAAAAUGACGAUAUUGAGGUCCUAUGGUGUCCAUCUGAUACGCCCCCAACGGACACGGAUAUCAAGAAUUUUGUGGACCUACCGUCUGAAAGCCCCGAAUCCUGGAGCGGCGGAGCAAGGGGUUUUAGCCGUGACUACCUCGAGGUCCUGCGUAUCUUCAAGACGUCGUUUCAAAGGGUCUUUCAACACCUGCUCGAUCGACCAAACGAUGCGGUCUUGUUCAAUUGCACAGCAGGCAAGGACCGCACAGGGACACUGGCAGCAUUGAUCCAGGCCCUCGCCGGCAUGGCUGACGAGGACAUUGCUAGGGAUUAUGCACUGUCCAGGAUCGGCAUGGAGCCACAGAAGGCUUAUUUGACCGCUUUCAUCAAGAAGUGGAAGCCGGACUGGACCCCGGAGACGCCGGGCAUGCGAGGAUUCAGCAAUGUCAGGGCAGAGUACAUGAUUCGGUUUCUCAAGGACGCGAAGGGCACAUAUCCCCCCAACCAGCGUCAUUCAAAUUGGGCCGCCGAAUAUGUCUACACACAGUUGGGGUUCAGUGAGGAUGACAUAGAGAAGAUUCGAAAGAACCUGAGAUCAGCGCCUGCUGAGAAUGGUGUGUAA